UGUUCUGCGCUGUUUUUACGCAGGCGCAGAUCACACUGUGUGUCCAGUUUCGUUGGUUGACUUUUACCUGGGAGGUAGACUAGUUUCGGUUCGCCGUUUGGGAAUAAUCAACAACAACCACCGGGUCCGGUUUAGAGGUGAGAAUACUUUCCUCCCCCCCUCCACGGCCCCGUGUGACUCCCACUGCGGAGCGUCGGACGGAUUUCUCCGGAAUUUUAGAGUCGGUGCGCAACAGCGAGCAAAGCAGGAGGCAGGUGCACGGGAGAGGACAGGAGAAGGAGGAGGGCGGCUUGUAUUUCCGUGAGAGAGUCUUGUCGUUCACACCGGGCCGAAUGACUGAAAAUCAACUGGUUGGCGCCUCGGUGGUCGAUCUGUGUUAGUUUCAUUAGUAUGCGGCUGAAGUCCCCCCGCUGCUGCCGACAUCCAGCCUGAGGACUGAUCGGCAGCCCUGAAGUCUCCUCCGUGCCUGUUAGGUGACUCCUCGCCCCAGGGAGGACGAGGAGGAGGCGACGGCAGAAGCAGGAUCCCGGCUUUGUCUACUGUUGUGUGGAACAGUUUCCACAGACACAACACGGACCUCCUCACAUUGUGGAUCAGGAAGAUGAUGGGCUUUCUGCGCCGGACGUUUAGCCGCCGCUCCCGGAGCCGCUUCCAGACGAAAGAGAGGGACGAGCGGGACGGUAAAGGGGGAGGAGGAGCAGGAGGGGUGACAGGGAACCCCCUGCUCCUGGCCCAUCAGCAGCAGGUCGUACACGUGCCCGCCGUCGUCAGCGGGGGAGCGUCGGUUCACAUCCCGGCGGCCGGGACUGAGAGGAACAUCAUCACCUGCCGCGUCCUGCUGCUGGACGGCUCGGAUGUCAACGUGGAUUUGCCUAGUAAGUCCAAAGGCCAGGAGCUUUUUGACCAGAUCAUGUAUCACAUAGAUCUGGUCGAGACAGACUACUUUGGAUUGCAGUACAUGGACACAGAACAAGUCUCACACUGGCUGGAUAUGACCAAGCUUAUAAAGAAACAGAUUCGAGACGGGCCUCCAUACAGACUGUUCUUCAGAGUGAAAUUUUAUUCUUCGGAGCCAAAUAACCUGCAUGAGGAAUUUACAAGGUAUCUGUUCGUGUUGCAGCUUCGACAAGAUAUUCUGUCUGGCAAAUUGAAAUGUCCGUAUGAUGUCUCAGUAGAGCUGGCGGCAUACUGCUUACAAAGUGAGAUGGGAGACUGCGAUCCCUUGGAGCACUCUCCUGUGCUGGUGUCUGAGUUUCGUUUCACUCCCAAACAGAGCGAGGCCAUGGAGGCGGACAUCUUCAGCAGGUGGUUGGACCUCAGGGGAAAGAGUCCGUCUCAAGCAGAGAUUUCUUUUCUCAACAAAUGCAAGUGGCUGGAACUUUACGGAGUAGAUAUGCACUUUGUCAAGGGCAGAGAUGGAGGAGAAUAUGCACUAGGUCUCACUCCGACUGGCAUUUUAGUAUUUGAAGGCCCCAACAAAAUCGGCCUCUUCUUUUGGCCCAAAAUCACUCGGCUGGACUUUAAAAAGAGUCGACUCACGUUGGUCGUGGUGGAGGACGACGAUCAGGGUCGGGAGCAGGAGCACACAUUUAUGUUCCAGCUGGCCUGCUCCAAGACCUGUAAACACCUGUGGAAGUGCGCCGUGGAGAGCCAUGCCUUCUUCCGGCUACGCCAACCAACCACGGGCAAGGCCAGCCGCAGCGACUUCACACGACUCGGGUCGCGCUUCAGAUUCAGUGGUAAGACAGAGUAUCAGGCCACUCACGGAGGCAGACUGAGGAGAGCUAGCACAUUUGAGAGAAGGCCGAGCAAGAGAUACCCCUCCCGCACACAGUCACUGGGCAAAGCUGCCAUUUCCCCAGCCAAGCCAUCACAUAUCAGCUCUCACGCCAGCCCUGAUCCUAGCCUACAUCCAUACCAGCACAACAUUCCUAUUGGCCACGAGUCCUGGCACCCGCCCCACCCGGCUCUUACGCCUCCAGUUUACCUGCAGCCCUCUGGACACACACCAUCACACAGGCCUUCUGUCGAGUUUGCGAGUCCCGUGUUCAGUCAUCCUCCCAUCCCUGAGCGAACCAGCGGCACCUUCCCAGGAUCCAUCAGUGUGGUUUACAGGGAUAAGGUCAUGACUGCACUUUGACCUCGGUUUGAACUGGGAAUCUGUUUCCAACACAGACUCUUAACACUGAGAAUUACACAGACUGGUGUCCUGGAGAGAAGCUUGGUUGAUGGACUCAAUGGAAAAAAGUUGUCUCCAUUCUCCUCAUCGCCUCUGUCAUCAUCCAUUAAUCACAACCCCUCAUGUGUUUCAGUGUACACCUUCAUUACAAAUCCCAAAAAUGUUCAGAGGGAGAGACUUAAGGUGAAAGGGACAGGUGUUUUGAAAUAACAGAAAGUUAGUUAUUUUAGUUUGGCCUGCUUACCACACAGUUAACAGUUGCAUCAACAGCAGUGGCUGUGACACACAGCUGAUGAAGGCAAAAAACUGAUCACCCUUUGUAAAAAAUUGCUGCAAUAUAAAAUAAUAUUGCUAAAAAAUAAUAACUCAGUCAAAUCUGACAGACAUACAUGAUAUGAUAUAUGAAAUAUGAUAUUUUAGAUUCAGUGUGACUUAUACUUUCCAAUGAUAUCAGUAUCUCAGGAAAACGUCCAUAAAUCCACCUAGAAAUCCUAGAAAAAAGAUGCACCUUAUAACUUAAGAAAUUGCCUGAGAAUCAUCACGUUUGUAAGUUUUCUUCAGUGUCAAAGUAAUACAAUGAUGUCUGUAUAUCCAUGGGUACAUCGCAAACAGGAACUGCUGAUAGCUAAUUCAGUAUACGUUUAAUGGUGCCAGUUUGCCAAAAUGUUAACAAAUUGUGGAUAACUUACUGACUCAAUGGUAACAUUAUACUUCCUGUUUACAAAUCCCCCCCCUCCCCCCAAAAAUGAUGGGAACUGUUCCAUAAAUUAGAGCAUGAUUAUCCUUCCAAAGUCAGAGAAAUACUAACAAUGAAAGUGACAAAAGCCAUUGAUGCUAACGUUUGUCAGGUUGCACUAUUAGUUUUUUUUACAUUACUAAGGCUCAGAAUGUCUCAUCAACAUUGUUCUUAUAUUCCUCAAGCACAACACUUUCCUCUACCCAUUCAUAAACAGACUAAUAUACAUCUUGAGAACACAAAUAAAAUAAAGAUAGGACUAGGUUUAAUAGCUUUGUGCUUUGCUUUGUUUGUGGACAUUUUCAUGUAGUCAUGGUUGGUGUUUAAAUCCGUCAAUAUGUUAACUGCAAGAUCAUAAUUCUGCCUUGAAGAUUGAAUUCAUCCUUAUGCCUUAGCAUUCUUAUGUCAGCUAAUUUAUCCAAAUCACUUUAAUUUGAGAGGGAUAAACUGAAUGAGGUCAUUUUCAACAAGUGGAAGGGUCGAGUUAAGCACAUACUGUAUGCUGGUUUAGGGAUUAAACAGCUUGAAUGUAUAGUUAUAGGUCAGUGUGAAACAGAAGCAUUGACUAGGAUCCUGCAUGUGGUGUUGUGCUUUCAAAGAGAUGUUUUUGAAUAAACUUUACAUUGUUACAGCAGGUUAUGGAUUUCCUGAUCAACUGUUUAAAAUGUGGCCAUUGUUUUGCUGUUAUAGUGUGUUGACUUUUACUUUGUAACGUUUACCCAAAUCACGUGAUGCCUUUAGGGAUG